UCCUCGGACAUUGGGCGCAGCGAGCAAACAGCGCCUCUUCCUCGACCCAACCCACCCUGGGCAUCGAAAAUCCAUCAAAAUAUCCUACAAAAAGCGAGAAAAAGGCCGCCCGCGAGAGAAAAUAGUUCCCCCUUGCCUCUCGGAAAUGCACCAUAACAAGGGCCGAGCGAGAGUUGACAGCACAAAGGGGAGGCCAUGAGAGGACUUUAGCCGCCCACAGCUGUGGUUUAUGGUCAGCCUGACAUCGAGCGUGGGCGUAGUGACCUCUGGUGUGGGCGUGGUGACCUCUGGAGUGCGGGCGGGCAUCGCGGGGCUCAUGAGUCUAGCGGCGCAGGGGGGCGCAGACCCCGUGGCGGCCCCCGGGGGCGUCUUCUCCGUCAACUUCAACCAGGAUUUCUCGUCACUUGGAGUUGGGACGAAGACUGGGUAUAAACUCUUUUCCCUAAAUAGUGUGGACAAAGUAGAACAAAUAUGUGAUAAUGUAAAUGAAGACACAUGCAUCGUAGAAAGGCUCUUCUCCAGCAGUCUGGUCGCUGUAGUUAGUUUAUCAUCUCCGCGCAAGCUAAAAGUAUGCCACUUCAAGAAAAAUUCCGAGAUAUGCAACUACAGUUAUCCCAACACCAUUCUUGCGGUCAAGCUCAACCGGGCACGACUGGUGGUCUGCUUAGAAGAGUCCUUAUAUAUCCACAACAUCCGCGACAUGAAGGUUCUCCACACCAUCCGCGACACCCCGCCAAACCCCAUGGGUCUGUGCGCUCUUUCCAUUAGUAAUGACAACUGUUACUUAGCCUACCCUGGUUCCAACUCCAUCGGCCAGGUCCAGAUCUUCGAUGCUCAAAAUCUGCAAGCAAAAACAAUGAUUCCUGCUCACGAUAGCCCUCUUGCUGCCAUUGCCUUUAAUGCCACUGGUACUAAGGUUGCCACAGCUUCAGAGAAAGGCACAGUGAUACGCGUCUUCAACGUGUCUGACGGGGCCCGGCUGCACGAGCUGCGGCGGGGGAUGAAGCGGUGCGCCACCAUCUUCUCCCUGGCCUUCUCGCCUGACGCACUCUUCCUCAUCGCCUCCUCCAACACGGAGACAGUCCAUGUCUUCAAGCUCGAGGAGGUCAAGGAUACGCAACGAGUAGUGGUAGAGGAGCAGCCCGGACUAAUGGGCUGGAUGAGUAAAGCAGUGAGUGCGUCGGCCAGCUACUUACCAGCCCCUGUGACGGACAUGCUGAGUCAGGGCCGUGCCUUCGCCACCAUUACGCUUCCCUUCCAGGGGAUACGGAACGUCUGUGCCAUAGCAACGAUUCAGAAACACCCUCGAGUAGUUGUCGCUUCAACAGAUGGUUAUUUGUACAUUUACAACCUGAAUACUACAGAGGGAGGUGACUGCACAUUAUUGAAACAACACAGGCUUGACGGAAGCGGGGAGGGGAGCAGCCCGGGAAGUGAGGGAGGCCCUGUACUAGGCCCCUACCCUGGAGGCGCCAAGAAGACAGAACCAGUGAGCACGACCGGAGGCAGCUAUGCAGGAGUGGUGAAGGGACCAUCUGCUGGAGUCAUGACAGACCACAAGAGCAAUGCUAAGAGGACGUACAGUGUCUCCUAUGACGUUGAUUCAGACAAGAUGAGUGAAAUGGCGGCAGCGUGCGAAUCUCCCCCUAAGAGUGUCCUUAAGUUUGACGAUGAUUCGGAGUUCCCGCCUGUGUAACGGACGGAAGGGGCUCAGAGUCCGGUGGGCUCCUCACUCGUCUAGGGUUCUAGGUUUCUUGUUUCUUUUUCUUUUUUUCUUUUUUCUUUUUUUCUUAGUCUUUCAGUCUUUGUCUCUUGUCGUUGUCAUUUCUCUCUCUCUCUCUCGUUUCAUAAUUCUUCCUCUUUCUUUCUUUUUUUUUCAUCAGAUUCUUUUCUUAUUUUUUUCUUCUUUCUUUCUUUCUUUCUUGUUUUUUCUUUUUUUUUCAUCUCAAGUCUUUUCCUUUUUCUGUGGCUUAGUGUAAUGUAUUGGUGGACCUGCCUUUUGUGUUUCUUCAGUGAUAUGAAUUGGAUUUGAAUCUAAUGAAUGUCAGAAAUAAAUGGGCCAAUUGGGGUUUAUUUUAAGUUUGUUUUUUUCUGUAUUUUUCUUUCUUUUCUUAAUUUUUUUUUUCCUUUCUUUUCUUAAUUUUUUAUUUUACUGUCAUCAAACUGCUAAGGACAUGUGUGCGUGUGUGUGUGUGUGUAUGUAUGUGUGUGU